UAUAUACACACUAGCUAGCCCAAGCUCACCAACCUACCACCAACCCUGCUGCAAGGUGACUUCUUGUUUCUUUAACAUAUAUCCCACCAGAGAUUUGCAAUAUUGGCUCAAAUAUAUCUUGUUUGUAAAGGCCACAGCUGAAAGUUAAAGAAGCUGUCGUCCCAGCUGAUGAGAUGGUCUGGUGGAUAUAUGUAGUUGUUGCAGUACUGUUGAGCAUCGGCAGAGAAGGCUGCCGCGUUGAGGGAGAAGAUGUUGUCACGUAUGAUGGAAGAUCUUUAAUCAUUAAUGGCCAAAGGAAAAUUCUCUUUUCUGGUUCUAUUCACUAUCCUCGCAGCACUCCUCAGAUGUGGCCAUAUUUGAUAGCCAAAGCAAAAGAAGGAGGAGUUGAUGUGAUUCAAACUUACGUGUUUUGGAAUUUGCAUGAGCCUCAACCCGGUCAGUAUGACUGUAGUGGAAGAUAUGAUUUGGUGAAAUUCAUGAAAGAAAUCCAAGCACAAGGGCUCUAUGCUUGCCUUAGGAUUGGACCUUACAUUGAGAGUGAAUGGACUUAUGGGGGAUUUCCAUUUUGGUUGCAUGAUGUCCCUGGCAUUGUGUAUCGAACAGAUAACGAACCUUUUAAGUACUACAUGCAAAACUUUACUACAAAAAUAGUGAACUUGAUGAAGUCAGAGGGUUUAUAUGCUUCGCAAGGAGGCCCAAUAAUACUAUCACAGAUUGAGAAUGAAUAUCAAAACAUUGAAGCAGCUUUUCAUGAAAAAGGAGCUGCUUAUGUUCGAUGGGCAGCAAAAAUGGCAGUCGACCUUGGAACGGGUGUGCCAUGGGUAAUGUGCAAGCAAACUGAUGCUCCUGAUCCAGUGAUUAAUACAUGCAAUGGUAUGAGAUGUGGAGAAACUUUUGGAGGGCCCAACUCACCAAACAAGCCAUCCAUGUGGACAGAAAACUGGACAUCUUUCUAUCAAGUAUAUGGUGGAGAGCCAUACAUAAGAUCAGCUCAAGAUAUUGCAUUUCAUGUUGCACUUUUCAUAGCAAAAAAGGGAAGUUACAUAAAUUACUACAUGUACCAUGGUGGAACGAAUUUUGGGAGGACGGCAUCUGCUUACGUGAUCACGAGUUACUACGAUCAGGCUCCUCUUGAUGAAUAUGGUUUGCUAAGACAACCAAAAUGGGGUCAUCUUAAGGAAUUGCAUGCUGUAAUAAAGAAUUGCUCUACUCCUUUACUGGAGGGAGUGCAAACCAAUUUCUCCAUAGGUCAAUUUCAACAGGCUUAUGUUUUUGAAGAAGGAAGUGGAGGAUGUGUUGCAUUUCUUGUAAACAAUGAUUCAACAAACAAUGCGACUUUGCAAUUCCGGAACAAUUCGUUUGAAUUGUUGCCAAAGUCCAUAAGCAUUCUACCAGACUGUCAGAAUAUAAUUUUCAACACUGCAAAGGUAAAAACACAGCCAAACAAGAGAAUUACGACGUCAAGCAAAAUGUUUGAUGCAGUUGAUAGCUGGGAAGAAUUCAGAGAUGUCAUCCCAAACUUCUUAGAUACCUCACUGCAAGCAAAUUCAUUGUUAGAGCACAUGAAUACAACCAAAGAUGGAUCUGAUUACCUUUGGUAUUCUCUCAGCUUUCAACCCAAUUCAUCUUGCACUGAACCUGUGCUUCACAUUGAGUCCCAGGGACAUGUCGUGCAUUCCUACAUCAACAACAAAUUUGUAGAAGCUGGACAUGGGAGCCAUAAUAUUAAAGGCUUUACUAUGGAUAUUCCAAUUGACCUAAUUGAUGGUCUGAACAAUGUAUCAAUACUCAGUGUUAUGGUUGGAUUACCGGAUUCAGGACCUUUCCUGGAGAGCAGAUUUGCUGGAUUGACAAAAGUGGAAAUUCAAUGCUCUGAAACAGAGUUAUAUGAUUUUACCAAUUAUACAUGGGGAUAUCAGGUUGGCUUGCUAGGGGAGAAGUUACAGGUGUAUAAAGAAGAAAAUUUAGAUGAAGUGGAGUGGAGUAGUGAGAUUGAUCAUUCUGCCAAUCAGUCACUCACUUGGUACAAGACUGUUUUUGAUGCACCUACUGGAGAUGAUCCCAUUGCCUUAAACCUAAGCAGCAUGGGAAAAGGAGAAGUUUGGGUGAAUGGACAAAGUAUUGGUCGCUAUUGGGUUUCAUUUCUUACUUCCAAAGGAGUUCCCUCGCAAACUUUGUACCAUGUGCCUCGAGCAUUUCUCAAACCUUCUGGAAAUCUAUUAAUUGUACUUGAAGAGUUGAAUGGAGAUCCUCUUCAUAUCUCAUUACACACCAUCUCAGUUGCUGAUUUUGAUUCACAAACUCCUUACUAUCACCUCCCUCGAUAAUAUAUAUAACCUUAUUAAUGUGUAUGCACUCUCCAUGUUGGUUAAUAUAUAAACCAUUAAUCUAUAAUUCA